ACAAGAUGAUGAUCUUACUGCUAUUGAGUCUAGGAAUUUGCCAGGCUCAAAUUACGAAAUUGAAUCCAAGCACAUCCCUUUCAAGCCAGAGGACAGUGAAUGGGUUUCUGGAUGACCGUGGAGUCUGUCAAUGCUCUGUUAUGCUGCCAGAUCCCACCUUCCCUGCAGAUCGUAUGGAGUUUCUGGAGGCAUCUAGCUAUAACCUGAGUAUCAGCAUUCAGCAGGAGCUCACUAAGAUACAUAUCUACCAAAGCAAACUGGAUGUUUACAUGCAAAAUGUAAAGAACUUGACACGGAGGGUGGAGUUUAUUGAGAAGGGAAGUGCUUCCUACACUGAUCUAGACUUUGAGUUGUUGAAGCUGGAGAUCGUUCAGUUGGAGUCCUUAGCAGGAGAAUUCAAGUCAUUCUUUAAUGGCUCGAAUAAGAAAGUGGAAGCUCUGUAUUUGGAGAUCCAUAACAUGUUCACCAUGGUGACCCAGCUAGAGACGUACGAUAAGAACAAUGUUCUGGCAGUCCGAAGGGAAAUCGCCUCUUUACAAAAACGCCUAGAUGAGUGUAAACGCAAUGACAUGAUAAUUGAACCCUCACACGUGGAGUACGGUACGUGUGAACAUGCUGGCAUUAUGAAUAUUAGCAGACCCCUGGUGGUCCAACUCAACUGGAGAGGAUUUGGCUACACUGCUGGUGGAUGGGGAAAGGACUCUGUUUUUGGGUCUGCUGAAGAACUAUAUUGGGUAGCCCCCCUUGAAGGAUCAACUUACUUCAGUAAUGUACGGAUAUAUCCUACCUAUGUUGACCUUGUGUUGUACAAGAAUGCCAAAGACAGACCAGUCUCUGGAAGUGGUAAUGGUGGUGGGAUGAUACUGUAUAACAAUUCCUUAUACUAUAACUGCUACCAGAGUAGGGAUAUCUGUAAGUUCAACAUGGCCACUAACAAGAUAGUUCGCAAGACCCUCCCUAAUGCAGCUUACAACAACAGAUUCCCCUAUUCGUCCUCCCAGUACCAAGAUAUAGACAUGGCCGGGGAUGAAUAUGGAGUUUGGGUCAUUUACUCAACAGAAAGUGAUGCAGGAAACGCAAUCAUUGGAAAACUGAAUAAAACUUCUCUUGAGUUGAUAAAAACAUGGACCACCUCAAUGUACAAGCCUAGCCUUACUAAUGCAUUCAUGGUUUGUGGAGUCAUGUAUGCCACUCGAGCUCUCAAUACUAGGCAAGAAGAGAUAUUUUAUAUGUAUGACACCAGCACAAGUAAGGAAAGUUAUGUGAGCAUCAAAUUUGACAAGAUGAUGGAGAAGAUUCAGAGCAUGUCCUACAAUCCCAAUGACCAAAAGCUUUACACAUACAACGAUGGCUAUGAGGUCACCUAUGAUCUCUCAUUUAAAUACCUCUCUUAGAUUCACUCUUUGUAUUAUUUUUCUUGACUACUUUUAUAAUUCCUACACAUUUAAUUCUCUUUUUAAAUGUCCUGUAGUAUCACAGUAAACCUUAUCCUUUGCAUAGCUUAAUUGUUCUGAAUUUAAUAAAUAUAAGAAUUAGACUUUAUUUCACUUAUGUUAUUAUCACACUGUUAAAGGAUACAGACACAUGAA